GUUUGGCGGGGAGAGGAGAGCGGGUAGCUAUGCCAGUGCGGUGGAGGGGGAGGACGAGGAGGGGGCUUUGUCGGGAUCAGACGUGUACGUGCGCUCGGGUGACAUCGCGCCGCUCCUGGCAGCCACGGGCGGCUCCGUUGGGGGAUGGGCUUGUGUGACGGAAGGGAAAGGCUACUGCAUUGCCAGACCAGGGGCCGCGCCCUUGGAUGUGCACCUGAUCAAGGUGGGAGGGACGUCGGCCUACUUUCGCUCCGAUUUCUUGUGCAAUGGCGACGUGGUGAUACUCCGAAACUCGGUAAACGGCAAGUAUCUGAGCGUCUACAAGGGCUGGUGGCUGUGGUGGACCCCGAACCCGCCCUCGUCCUCCUCCUCCCGGGCCCAUUUCGUCAUCCACGGCCUGGAGGAGGGCGCCCGGGUCACGGUCGGGCGUGCCUUCCACCUCCGGCACAACAAGUGGGCUUCCUACCAGGUGGGUAUCACGGAGAAUAUCAACUCCGAGUAUGGGGGCAGGAUGUUGGGGCUUUACCAGACCAGCAAGAGCAAGCGCAUGUUCCAGAGCAAGAGGAGCAAG